UGUCAUUUCCACUGACGUCAUAAUUCCCCGACAUGUAGUUCACACGAGUUUGUAGGGGUACGCCGAAAACGUGCCUAUGAAUUAGACAAAUAUAAAUAUUAUGCGUUUGCCUAUAAAUGUAUGGCCUCUACUAACGUUAUUUCGAUGGAUUAAACAUUAAGUUAAUAAACGGUUUUCUCGCGUCGUAACUUUUGUGUGGCAGAGCUAACUAUUUACGUGGCUAAUCUCCACUCUUUAAUAGUGGCAGCUAAGUGUUGCUCGUUGAAUCAUUUAAGAUAUUUUUAGAGGCUUUUUUUAAGAGCUGUUGGUGAUGGCUGGCAGCAGGAUGAAGCUGGAGUUGUCCCAAGUGGUUCAGGGAAGAGGUCGUUUGGGUCUACUGCAGGGGAUAGGGAGGAUGGGGCAGCACACGCUGGACAUUCCUGGAUGUCUUUUGUACACCCACCUUGGCAGCGUCCCCCACCUCACCCAGGACGCCCUGCACACCCUCAGGAGCCUCCCCGCUGUCACCCAGGUCACCUUAUCCAACAUGGCAGAGCACCAAGAAGUGCUGGAGGAGUUUAAAGGCGGAUUUAAGAAGUUUGCAGGCCUUCAUGAUACUGUGUUGUACUGCUCACUCCACGACCCUGCAGCCCCCUGCCCGACAGGCCACACUACCAACAAGACGGUGUCAGUGUGGGGCAGCGGUGGGAGGAUAGAACUCAAGGUGGAUAAGUUCAUGGCCCUUCAGAAGACGGUGCAGCCGGACUGGUACCAGAGCAUGGCGGAUGGGGAGACCUGGCAGACCAGCACCUCUCGGAAGAGGGUUCGAAAGUCGGUGGACCGAACUCUGGCUCAUUUGGAUGAAUGUCUGACGGUGCAUCAGAAAUCGCAGGAAUUGGAUGGAGUCGGUGUGUUCGGGGUGGUAGAGGGAGGGGAUAUUCUGGAAGAGAGGGUGCGCUCGGCCAGGGAGACAGCCAAAAGGCCCGUGGCGGGAUUCUGCCUGGAUGGCUUCCAGACCGGCGCUAUGGAUCAGGCCCUGAGGAGUCAGCUCAUCACUGCUGUGACUAAGGAGCUGCCCGAGGACAAACCCAGAUUGCUGCAGGGUGUAGGGCGACCUGAUGAGGUGCUGGCGUGCGUCGAAGCAGGCGUAGACCUUUUCGAGGGCUUCCUUCCUUUCCAGACGACGGAACGAGGCUGCGCUCUCUGCUUCAGCUUCGAUGUCCCACUGGACCCGGAGAGCGCAGGUACAGCAACCCUGACAGUGCCAGAUGAAGAGCAGCACACAGCGAGGGAGACGCAACCGAACAGAGAUCUUAAUUGGGAUGAUCAAACACACACGACGCGCUUCGAGAUGAAUCUCAAAGACAAAAGGUUUCAGGAUGACUUCAGGCCACUGGUGGAAGGGUGUGGCUGCUACUGCUGCAGGAACCAUCAGAGGGCGUACGUGCACCACCUGCUAGUGACCAAUGAGUUGCUGGCUGGAGUCCUGCUCAUGAUUCACAACACGAGCCACUACCACAGCUUCUUCAAAGCAAUCAGAGAAGCUUUGGCCAAUAAAAAAAUGGACCUUCUCAGGAGGCGUGUGCUUGGGAAUGGAAAGGAGUAAAACGGAUAAGUCGGCUGGAACUAAGAGGGACAAGGAGGCAGAAAAUGUUUUUCUAAACUGGCACAACACUGUUACAGGCAAUUCUUUCCCAGGCACAUUUUACUGUAACGCUGCACAGAUCUUCAGAUGACUUUUUUUAUAUCCAGAUCUCUGAAAAAUAAAGAAUCAAAAGACCAGAUAAA